AUGAAUGAUCUGUGCACGUUGUGUGUACACAUCAAAGGUCAUGCAGGUUUGCAAGCAACAGCCCAAGCGUACAAUGUAGCGUCAUGUGCUGUGGACACUUCGUCCGCUUCACAAACCUCAACUAUACUCCUCCCCAACGACUUGCACGGUACUGCUAAAAAAAAUGGGUUAACAAAAAGCGUCUCCGGGCUCAUCGAAGUCAAUAGAGCGCCGGCCUCAGGCCGAAUGAAGAAAAUCGUUGGCUACGUCAUGCAGCAAGAACAUUUCUUCGCCAACUCAACAGUCCAAGAGACAGUGAUAUACACAGCCAGACUGCGUGUGGGAGGCAGAAUCAGUUUUGAGGAAAAGAAGGCCAGGGUUAAAGAAGUAGUGCAGGGGGACUCAUGCCGGAAGCGCCUUUUGUCGGGGCUCUCUGGAGGCGAGCUGGAGCGGCUGAACAUUGCAAAUCAACUGUUUCAUCGGUCGCCUUUCUUGCUCGAUGAGCCCACAAGUGGGCUCGAUGCCUCGAUAUCGGCGGCGCUGCUCGGCAUGCUAAAACAACCGACGAGGUCUCGGAGAUGCACGACCGUUUGCAACAUACAUCAGCCGAAAAGUGACGUUUUCAUGGGAUUCGACAGAGUGGUCUUUUUGAAAGACGGCCUCAUGGUAUAA